AGAGGCGUUUUCAGCCCCAAACAAUGACCUGCCAUGCCUAUAAAAAGCCACUGGGUCUGGGACCCCACAAACACCUUGACCUUAAAGGUGCUGAAUCCACCGGAGCUCUGCAGCAUCCGUCGUCUCCAGGUCCCCGGGACUUGCAGCACGUCCAGCCGAGGAUUGAUGAAGGAAAAUGGAAGGCGAUUGUGACCAGCGGGAAGGGCGAACUUCGCGGCAUCACCAGCCCUGUUUGUGCUGCGGGGAAAAUGCUUUCAAAUUUGUGGUUGCAGGAUUUGCUUUGAUUUCUGGUAUGUUUAUAGCGCUGAGCAUGCAACACGCCCAACCAACUCACCAGCACCUCCAAGAACAAGUCAGUCAUUCCCACUUAGCAAGACACCCCGACAAAUGGGCCGCAGUCCAGCACAGGGUUAGACGAUACACAAAAAUUGGCACGGAUUGGCCCUGGUCUCAAGCUCACGUAAAAUAUACGGGAAGCAUGGGAUUAAAUUCUAACAAAGGCUUAAAUUUGUCAACAGUAGUUAUGCAUGGGGCUGAGGUGUAUUUGGAAAAUGAAUGGAGCUGGGAUAGCACAAGCAGGCUUCCGCAGCUGCUGGGGAAGGUGGGCCAAGAAAUAAAAGUAGGGUGCAGGGUAGUUAAUGGUUCCACUCAUCAGCGGGUAACUCAAAUCUCCGUAACUGAAGUAAAAACCAAGAAGAGUCAGAAAAAAAACUGUGCCAUGGAAAAAUUGGAUUGUUGGUGCAACUUUACUCUAGUCCAGCCAGUAUUUGUGGUCUGUCUCUGGGCCCAAAACAGUGUGGGACUGUCAUUUAAAUUUAAGAUUAGCACUACGAUGCAUUCAUUUGCUGCCCUUAAGGUCCCAAGGUGCCAUUUUCUGGCCUGGCGUGCAGCCCAAUACGCUGAAGUGGGGAACCAAGUAAAACUGGAAAUUAGAUACUCUCAAGGAAGUAUAACUGACCCGAGGAAAAUUAAUGGCACCACUGUGACUAUCACUGCCCCUAAUGGCCGUAAGUGGGCCGUGUUAUUAAAUUGCCCCCAUGAGAGCAAAAUACUCAGUAGAUCUGAAUUAAAGGCAGAGGCCUUGUGGUAUAGCCAGGAUUAUGGAUACUGCCCACACCCGCUCAUAAACCUCCAGGUGUGGUGUCAAGGAAACCUGAGCGUAGAAAUGUCCCCCGAGCUUGGAGGAAAGUGGUUGAUAGGAGGCCCUGAAGGAUUUCAGAAAGAGUUCCCCAUCUUUGCUGUCCAGCGUCCCUUUGUUUCAAAAAUAGGCCCGUACGUAGUCAAGCAAAAUCACAUCCAAGAGCUAUUGACCAGCCCUGUCCGGUCAUUGAAGAAGGUGGUGCUGUCCCUGUCUACGGUUAAUAUUUCGUCCGUCAGACCGCACUGCACCCCCUUCCUGUCCACCCUCUACACGGGUUGGCUUGCGUGGCUUCACAGCCGCUCCAUCCAGGGGGCCCGGGCCAGGAGAGACCUUCUGGCCACGGCGCUGGGAGGAGGAGGCGCCGGGCUGGGAGUGCUCAACAGCAUGAAUGUUGAGGUCCUGGCCAACAAGCUGGAGGCCGUCACGUCAGGUGUGCAGGGCCUCCUCAGCCCCCUGAACUCAUCCCUGGCCAGCCUGGGGAUGGGGCAGUGGCUUGUGUCAGAGGUGUUGCCCACUUGGGAAAAAAUAAGUGAGAAAGACCACCAGGUGCUGUUGCAGGCGCUGGGAAUCGAACAAAAUAAUGUCUCCCUUGCUCUGAGUUGCAUCCAGGCCCAGACGUGGGUGCAGAGUGUCGUUGCAGGUAUCCUGAGGGACGGCGACAACGGCGUCCUCCCCACCGAGAUCCGAAAGAUCGUGUGGGACGGGGCCACGGACAAGGAGCGGCAGCUCCAAGCCUGGUGGAGGCUGGUGAACUUCACCCACGACCAGGUCCUCAAUGCAGUCAUCGCCUACGUCCUGACCGUGGCGGAGGCCCGCAUCGAAAAGGUCUACCCCAUCGUGGCCCUGGGGAUUAACACUAACGGGUCCGUGGUCUACCCACUGGACCACCGCAUGUGGGCGAGAGUGUCAGACAAAAAGUGGCAGUCAGUAGAUUUGGAAGCCUGCAUUUUGGAGCGGGGGCUGGGAUUCAUUUGUGAAGAUGACGCCCUUAAGGCAAGCGAUGUUUGCUUUGAUACCAGCGAGGGGGUGUGCCACUUUGAGAUCAACCCGCAGAGCAAUAAUAAAACCGUGUUAGUUUAUGUAGGGAAAGGGUGUGUGUGUUUUAGAACGAUGUGUAAAUACGUGCAAAUUAAUGACAUUUACAAUCAGACCGUAUUCAAUGAUUCAAAUAUGUGUGCUUGCAAUGUAGCUAUCAUUAGAGGCUGUGAUUUUGUGUAUAAGCCGCCCGUGUUCACUAGCCAAUUGCUAAUCAGAAACUAUACCCUGUAUCGUAGUAUAACCCCGACCCCGAUCGGUAUGGAUUUGUCGCUAGUCAAAGAAAUGUUAGAGCAUGCAAAUUUACAGCAGCUUUUAGAAAACGCUAAGGCAGAAGCUAAAAAAAUCCUAAUAACUGUACACCACGAUGGCAAUGUUAUAAAGCAGGUAAUAGAGCGGAUUAAGAGGGUGGGAGAGCACCACUGGUGGGAAAUAUUCUUUGGCUGGUCCCCCACCGCCACCGGCAUCUUCAACGCGCUCCUGCAUCCCGUUGUGAUCAUCCUGCUCAUGCAAGCCUGUGUGUGCCUUGCCAUGGUGGCCACUUGUUACUGGAUAAGGCAGGUGAGGCUCUGCAUUGACAGCCAGCUGAACCAACUGGGGCUGGCCAAGCGCCUCCUACCAUAGUCAAGGGCAAGACUGGGUUGGCCUCUGUGUUUGCCACCAAGAAGAACCCUUAGCUCCGCUGUUGGCUGCAACCCAGUAGGCGUUGAGCGGUGGGGACACACGCCAUACCAGACCUUGAUGUGAGGGGUGGCCUCCUCUGUUAUAAGAGGGCCUCCCAGGAGCGGCGGGCAGGCCAAGCUGCCUGCGGUUGGCUUGAAUCACAGAAUGGUUGAGGUUGGAAGGGACCUCUUGAGAUGAUCUGGUCCAACCCCCCCUGCUCAAGCGGGGUCACCCAGAGCAGAUUGCCUAGGACUGUGUCCAGUUGGGUUUUGACUAUUUCUGCAGAUGGAGCCUCCACAACCUCUCUGGGCAACCUGUUCCAGUGCUUGAUUACCCUCCCAGUAAAAAAGUAAGAGUUAGCUUAAGAAACUUAUCUUUGAAUGUCCCAGCUCCAAACGCUAAUGAGAAGAAGCUGCUCUUGUGUGGUUUAAGACUCCUUAAGCAGAGAAGAAGGGGUUAGGGAAAGCCAAGGACAGUGUCUUUGGAAGGAAACGAAAGGGAAUGUAAUGCCUGAGUGCAGAAAAACAGCCACUGAAGAUGGCAGAAGUGUUACCGGCCUCAGAGACUUGGAAAGGUGAUAAAAGCCGAGCAGAACAAAAGACCCUUGGACUCAAAGGAGCUGAAUCCACACGGACCUUUGCAGCGACCAGCUCUGGGUUCCCAAGACUCCCAGGACGUCUGGCCAACGGAUUGGUGAGAUUUUGUGUUUGGAGCCUGGACAUCACCGCUUUGCUUUGCUUAGCUUAGUUUUGCUUUGCUUAGUAGUGCACGUACCCAAUAAAAUUGUCUGUUAGAGGA